AUGACCAAAAACAUUUUUGUGCUGAAUCGCAACAUAAAUGAUGCGAAUUCUGCGUUUAAUACGACACAAAUCAUUACUGGAUCUCCGUCUGGUGUUGGAGUUGGUCGAUCUGUAGCAUGUAUUAAUGAUAGAACAGUGGCUAUUAAUGUAUUCGAUGUACUCAACCGAUCGUGGUCUCGACCAGAGGUUCGAAUAUAUGAUUUUUAUUCAGGCAUCGGCAUACGUCUCUUCAUAUUUCCUAAUCAGCAACAAACAUUGGCAAUGAGACGAUCUCCGCUUUUCUUAAAUAUCAUAUAUUGGCCAGACCAAUCAAGCGUGUUAACCGAUCAAUCAAGAAUGUUUGUCAUUCGCUCGGCACCACCUGGAUUUUAUUCUAACAUCACCGAAGAUCGUUCAUUCUCGAUUACGAUUUCUGACCAAUCAUAUUGUCUUUACGGUACUUUUAAAAAUGAUUUCAGUGCUGGACCAUGUUUUAUUUGUCCUCCACAGGCAAAGAACUCUGGCAACAGACCAAGCAAUCAUUGUGAAUCAUGUUCAUCCGAUGUAUUUUGUCCAAUGGGUUCCAUCGAUGACACUGUCACUCUUAAUUUAUAUCCUUCCUAUACACAAACAUUUCCAUAUCGAGAUACACCGGACACAAACAAUUACGAUAAUCUUCUCGUGCGCCACAUGAUCUAUUUUGGUAGGACAACCAAUUGUCUUACUUCGAUGCCAAUCCUAUGGAUUCUGAUUAGUGUUGCAAUCACUUUUGUCGUAUGGUUGGUUAUGAUAUUGAUAAAAAAAAUUGGCUCCGACCAAAUUAAACAUCGCCACCGUAUGGCUAAAGGAUGUUUAAAACGAAUCGAUAUUAUUAAUGAAGGCGAACAAUGGGUAGAUGGAUUAUUUUCACCUUCAAUCAUCGUAGUGUUCGUUUUUGCUUUCUGGUUUGCUGUUCAAUAUGUAAAAUUGUAUCCAAUCGAAGCAUCAUCUGAAUUUUCUUCUAAAUGUGAUAGCGAUUUGCAUAAUUCUCUAUUCGACAAUGCUUUUCAGUUGCCUCUUCCAGAUAGCAGUGGUAAAUUAUGGCCAAUUUUCAAUAUGCUAAGACAACAACCCAUAACACGAACAUUCGAUUUAGUCAAAAUAAAAGCCGAUUGUCCCAACAUAAGUUUUAAACAGAAUCAUGCCGGUGCCAGAUAUAUUCACAUAUCCAUGUCAAAUUGCAUACUACAGCCAGACAAUAUCAAUCAAUCAGUAAGUGUUGUUUUGCCACAACAUGAAAUGGCCCUACAGAUGAAUGUUAGCGGACCCUACUUCAUCGGUGCAUGUCGCUUGUAUCUUCGUGGCCCUGGUCAUAAAAAUAACAAUUCUCGAUUACAGACUCUUCAUGCAUGCCAAUUGUUUUGGACACGGAAUCAAACUCUAUCCCGUUCUGCUAGUUUAUCUGUUUUGUGGAUUAAAGCCGUGAAUCAAUCAAAACUACUCACCAUAGGUGAACUAACGCAAUUCGAUGGCUGA